AUGGAAGCCAACCAUCUUGAAGAUUCAAAGAGCUCGAGUGAAGAGACUGAUAAAUCAGAGCAAAGCAUCGAUGAUAUGCGCACCGGUCGUCGGUCCUACGAGUGUGUGUUUUGCAAGAGAGGGUUUUCUACAGCACAAGCCUUAGGUGGGCAUAUGAACAUCCACAGGAAAGAUAGAGUCAAGAGCAGGCCUAGCUCGGUUCCUAUAGUUUCACUUUCAGGCAACAAAGCUGAUGAUAAGAAUUACCCAAGUUUUAGACCUUAUUCCUAUCCGCCAAUCCAAAGCUAUCAGCCGCAUUACUCCAUUGCUCCUGAGGUACAUGUAAGUUAUCAAGCUUUUCUUCCAGUUUCAGGUUGGGGUUUUAGGCUACCUCCGCACACGGCUCAACUGUUUGUAGACAAUUCAAAGCAUCGGAAUCCGUUUGGCGAAGAUGAUCAUGAAAACAAGAAGGCUGAUGGAUAUAAUGAUAAAGAAGAUGAAUUAGACUUGGAGCUUCGAUUAGGUCAUGAUCCCUAG